UCCGAAAAAUUCUAAAAUUAAUCUGAACCCUUAUUGAAAAUUGUUGUCGUAUUAGUAUGUUCUGAUUGCUUUUUCUUUAAUCUUCCUUCCUUUCUCAAUUUCGGUGAGCGAAGUUUCGAUCGACAGCAACUCCAACUUUCCCUUCUACCAAAAAUGGCUAUGACUAUUGAAGGUAAUCAUCGUCUCUGCUUUUUGUUUUCUAUUUUUUCGGUUAUACUCUUCGAUUCAUCCUCGUUGUAGGAUGCUUGGGGUUUGACUGUGAUAUUGUAAUUCGAUAAGGUUAUGAAAUGAAAUUAGUUGUCGGACCUAGAUCUUUCUUUAAAGAGAAGUCUUUCGUUCUUUUUUUUUUUUUUUAUCAUUUGUUUUCAAAUUAUUUUUUGGGGCUAAUUUCUUUUUCUUUUCUUUUUUCUGGUUCAUCUGCGGUUUGGGCUUGUUGGAUAACUGUUGUUAACGGCAGUGCUUGCUGGGCUCGCUUUUAUGUUUUCAGCUAGUAUACUGUUACAAAUUCUGGCUUGUGCAUUAUAUAACAACUGGUGGCCAAUGCUUUCAGCUCUCAUGUAUGUCCUGGUGCCAAUGCCUUGUUUAUUCUUUGGAGGUGGAUCAACUCAGUUUCUAACCAGUCGGGAUGGUGGGGGAUGGAUAGAUGCUGCCAAAUUUCUUACAGGGGCAUCUGCUGUUGGGAGUUUUGCAAUUCCCAUUAUUCUCAGGCAUGCUCACAUGAUUUCAACUGGUGCAAUGUUCAUCGAAUUUACAUCAUUCAUCAUAUUCGUUUGCACAGUCUUGUGUUUUCACCGUGCUAGCCUUGAAGACGACUGGUGAUAGAUGCCCUCCCGGAAAUUUUCACCUACACUUAUGUAUGUCAUUCACCUAGAUCUCUGAUAGUUUGUUUACUUCUCCAUUUGCAAAGGAAAUGAAACAGGAGCUUUUCCCUUUUUAAAGCCCUUAGUGUAUAUUUUUGAACAACUGUUGGCUUUAUUUCUUCUUGUUUUUCUCCUUGUAUUAUGAUUUGCCUUCCUCGUUUUGACAAUGGAAUAAUUGUUGCUAGACAAGUACUUAUCAAUCUGACCCAUCAAUCCAAUGGGUUGAUUACAAACAAUGAACGCGUUUCUUUCAGUUUUGAGAA